UCCAACAAAUAUCCACCUAUUUUUUCCAUAUUAUAUGGACGUGUACAACUAAGUGUUACACUCUAUGCAUCACACUUUCUAACUUUUAGCAAUCAUGUCCGCCGAAGAAGCAUGGACCUCCACCACCGCCGAAAAAAUUCCCGACCACCAUCAACCAGAUUUCUACAAAACCGCCGGUUUCGACUCCGUCACCGGGAUCUACCGAUCCCUCUACGAACUCGGUGAGCAAUAUUAUAAAAUCCCCACUAGGCCUGAUCUUGACACUGCCACAUUUGUGCUCUCACAGUUCCCAUCCCCACAUCAAGCCGAGUCACGAGUCGCACUCAUCGACUCAGCCACCGGCCGACAGCUCACAUAUGCGCAGCUCCACCGCUCCAUCCGAUCACUUGCCUCGGGAUUACACCAUGCACUCGGGGUCCGAAAAGGUGACGUGGUGUUCCUUUUGUCACCUAAUUCACUCCUGUACCCGACCAUCUGCUUAGCGGUUCUAUCAGUCGGUGCAAUACUAACCACAGCCAACCCGCUCAACACCGAGUCCGAACUCGCCAAGCAAGUAACUGAUUCCGGCGCCAAACUCGCCAUUUCUGCACCAGAAGAGCUUCACAAACUCGCUGCAACCGGAGUUCCAAUCAUUCCAACAAUUUCCGACGAUGGUUCGCUUUCGGUAGUAGAACUAAUCGAGAACUGCGAUGAUUUAGAAUUGGAUCAUGAACGGCCGAAUCAGUCGGACACUGCGGCGAUACUUUACUCCUCCGGCACGACGGGGACCAGCAAAGGCGUGGUCCUAACCCAUUCUAACUUCAUCUCCGUCAUCAGAAUAUUCAAAUGGUGCGUGGACAUCACGUCAGCACAAGAAGACGUGUUUCUCUGUUUCAUCCCGAUGUUCCACAUCUACGGCCUAGCAGUCUACGUCCUUUCGCUGUUCUGUUCCGGAAUCACAACCGUUUUGAUGGCGAGAUACGAGCUCAAAGCCAUGCUGGAAGCCAUUAAAGCUUACGGAGUGAACAACAUUCCGGCUGUUCCACCGGUGAUUCUAGGGCUUGUUAAGCACGCAAGCAGAGAAGGAGCUAACUGCGACUUGUCUUCGUUGAGAAGGAUGUCAUCGGGGGCGGCGCCGCUGAGCAACGAAGUUGCGGAAGAAUUCAGAAGGAGGUUUCCAUGGGUGGAGCUGAGACCCGGUUAUGGAUUGAUGGAGAGCUGCGGCGCUGCGACUUUCUCGGUUUCCGAUAAAGAUGCGAAGUUCCGUUCAUCAUCGUGCGGGAGGUUGCUUCCGACGAUGUGUGGAAAGAUUGUUGAUCCUGAGACAGGGAAGCCAUUGCCGCCUUAUAAAGAAGGUGAGCUUUGGGUGAAGAGUGGGACUAAUAUGAAAGAGUAUUUGGGUAAGGAAGAGGCGACCGCUGAGACUAUUGAUGCGGAAGGGUGGUUGAAAACCGGUGAUCUUUGUUAUUUUGAUGAGAAUGGAUACCUUUAUAUUGUUGAUCGUAUCAAGGAGCUCAUCAAGCAUAAUGGUUAUCAGGUAGCUCCAGCAGAAUUGGAGGCAAUACUUUUGGGUCAUCCUCAGAUUCUUGACACAGCAAUUAUACCGGUUGAAGAUGAAGAAGCAGGACAAAUACCAAUGGCGUAUGUGGUGAGAGCAGCUGGUUCUGAGCUCAAAGAGGCUGAUAUCAUUGAAUAUGUUGCUCGCCAGGUAGCUCCUUACAAGAAAGUAAGAAAAGUGGGGUUUAUCGGUUCCAUUCCAAGAUCAGCUGCUGGCAAAAUCUUAAGGAAAGAAUUAAUUUUACAAAGCAAGCAGCAAAUCAUCUCUAGAUUGUGAUUAUUUUAAUUUCUUUUCCUUGAUUUGUUCUUACUUAAAUGGAGUUUGGAAAGCAAAUAAUGCAAUAAUAAUUUUCUCUUGUACA